UAUCGGGAGGCGCCUUGAAACCGGUUCCUGCAGACCGAGCUGAGGGAGAAAAAGCCCUCUGAGCGGCAGAGAGGUCCGCAUUAACCAAAGUUUUACCAACAAAGAAACUUUUCUCCCGCAUCUCUGGGGAUUUUUACUGAGGAUAAAGUCCCGAGGAGUCGGUUCGAGACGUGGACACUUCACCUGCGGCGCAGCCAGACCACGGGUCCGUGCCCACUCGGUUUGAACGAGCUGAAUUAAAAUCGGAGGACGUGAGUUUUCAAUUAAUCAGUGCUUUUAGUGUUUAUCAGUGAAAUAGGAAUAAUUUAAGUCACCGUAUCCGGACUGAGACUGGACUGAAUUAUGAAUAAAUCAUCAGUGUGUCCUAGAGUUGUGGAUUAAUAAAGGAAUGUGGCAUUAAAGAGCUCCAGACAUAGAAAUUAACCAGCGGUGCCCGAAGCGGCAGGACGUCUCCUGUGUUUCAUAGUGUGUUGCUGAACUCCUCCACCUCUUUAAAGCAUCUGUUGCUUUGUGGAAACUCCUUUCCCGGUUCUGCUGUCAUCCAUCAUGGCUGUGUGGAGGGGCUGGCGGUGCGUUUGGACAACGGCCUGCGCGCUGGUCUCUGCGCUCCUCUUCCAGCCCUGCACCGGUCAGUAUGACAAGGGGAUUUCCAUCCCGGAGCACGGCUUCUGUCAGCCCAUCUCCAUCCCCCUGUGCACAGACAUCGCCUACAACCAGACCAUCAUGCCCAACCUGCUGGGACACACCAACCAGGAGGAUGCUGGGCUGGAGGUCCACCAGUUCUACCCGCUGGUUAAAGUCCAGUGCUCCGUGGACCUCAAGUUCUUCCUGUGCUCCAUGUAUGCUCCUGUGUGCACAGUUCUGGAGCAGGCCAUCCCACCCUGCAGGUCGCUGUGUGAGCGGGCCCGGCAGGGCUGCGAGGCGCUUAUGAAUAAGUUUGGCUUCCAGUGGCCGGAGAGGCUGCGCUGCGAGAAUUUCCCGGUCCACGGUGCAGGAGAGAUCUGUGUGGGUCAGAACACCAGCGACACCGAAGGCCCCACGUCACACCCGACCCCCAACCUCCCUGACCUCGUCACCCUGCCCCCGUACAUCCGGACCAACCAGCCCUUCUCCUGCCCCCUGCAGCUCCAGGUGCCCGCCUACCUCAGCUACCAGUUCCUGGGGGUGAAGGACUGCGGCGCCCCCUGUGAGGCCUCCAAACCCAGUGGCCUGAUGUAUUUCCAUGAGGAGGAGCUGAAGUUUGGCCGGCUCUGGGUUGGGGUCUGCUCUAUCCUGUGCUGCGUGAGCACCCUCUUUACCGUCCUCACAUACCUGGUGGACAUGAGGCGGUUUCGAUACCCGGAGAGACCGAUCAUCUUCCUGUCCGGGUGCUACUUCAUGGUGGCGGUGGCCUACACCACCGGCUUCCUGCUGGAUGACAAAGUCGCAUGUGUCGACAAGUUCAAGGAGGACGGCUACAGGAUGGUGGCGCAGGGCACCAAGAAAGAAGGCUGCACCAUCCUGUUCAUGAUCCUCUACUUCUUCGGCAUGGCCAGCUCCAUCUGGUGGGUGAUCCUGUCCUUCACCUGGUUCCUGUCUGCCGGGAUGAAAUGGGGUCACGAGGCCAUAGAGGCCAACUCACAGUACUUCCACUUGGCAGCCUGGGCAGUGCCGGCGGUGAAGACCAUCACCAUCCUGGCUAUGGGGCAGGUGGAUGGCGACCUGCUCACCGGCGUCUGCUAUGUGGGCAUCUACAGCGUGGACGCCCUGCGGGGCUUUGUCCUGGCACCGCUCCUUGUCUACCUCUUCGUCGGCACUUCCUUCCUGCUGGCAGGCUUUGUAUCACUCUUCCGAAUCCGCACCAUCAUGAAGCACGACGGCACCAAGACAGAGAAGCUGGAGAAGCUGAUGGUCCGGAUAGGCGUGUUCAGCGUGCUGUACACGGUGCCCGCCACCAUCGUCAUCGCCUGCUACUUUUACGAGCAGGCCUUCCGGCCCCAGUGGGAAAGGACGUGGCACAUGCAGACCUGCAAGCGCUUUGCCGUGCCGUGUCCGGCCGGAAACUUUGCCCCUAUGACUCCAGACUUCACCGUGUUCAUAAUCAAGUACCUGAUGACCAUGAUAGUGGGGAUCACAUCUGGAUUCUGGAUCUGGUCUGGGAAGACGCUGCAGUCGUGGCGCAGGUUUUAUAAAAGACUGAACAGCAACAGCCAGGGAGAGACAACGGUGUAGAGCCAGUGGAGGACGCUGAACUCCUGGAAGUCAGACCUGAUUGAAGUCUUUGUGACUGGACCUUGUGUGCAGAGGAACCGUCACAGUGAAGGACUCGGAACACUUGUUGUAUGAUUGUAGAGAUGACUUCUGCAGUCACAGUGACGCUGCCCAAUCGGUGCCCUGGAGGAUUCCUGCAGAACAGCAGCGUAAUGUGACCCUAAGUCCAGUUUCCAUUAUUCUGUGAAUUGUUUCCUCAUGUAGCCAAUGUUGUCUUUAAAUUGUGAGAAGCCAGUGCAAACCAGCUGUGACACUUUACUGCCAGAUGUGCUCAGAGCUGAUGUCUCUAACAGUGGAAAAGCCAAAGAUGUUACAUGUUCAUGUUUUUCUCUCAUUAGUUUCUUCAGUGCAUUUAAGUGAAGUGAGACUUCAGCCAAACAUGCAGGUUAAAGAUGUUUGCAACAUUGGCAGGUUCGACUGAGUCGGUUUGUAGCGUAGACACAGUGCAGCAGUUCCCAGUAACAGUGUGUUGUAAUGACCAUGGGAGGGCAGACAGGUGUGAGGUGACAGAACAGCUGUGAGCAGGACUUGUAAAAACAACAGGAAGUUUGUUGAUGUUGUUUAUCACACAAAUGGCUGAUGGAGGUUGUUAAGGAGGUGGGGGGGAACAGUCCUGACCCAGUGACAUGUGAACACACACAUGAAAGACACGUGUUUAGAUUCAGUGCAACUUCAUUAUCUCUGUAGAUCUGCUUAGAAAUCAGAGAACACUGUAUUUCAUUAGAUCUGCCAAAGCAUUAUGGGAACUGCAGUGCUAACACUUAGAGUACAAAUAUUCCAAAAUAUAUUGUUUGUGUGUGUGUGUGUGUGUCGCUGCUACAAGAUACACAAGUGUGACGGAUUUGUUCACGUGUUUGUGUUUUUACAAAUUACUAUUGGUCGUCAGAUUUAACAGAACUCUCCCAGAUCAAAUUUAUUAAUAAACUUCAUUUAUACCCACUUAAAUAAAAUCUAAGGAAGUACUAAACACUGUACAGUUCAGCAGAAAUAAUGACUCUGUAUUACAGCCACAACAACGCCACCUUGUCACCAUCGGCCUCAAACUACACGACAUUUUUCUUUCCUUGAAUUUUUAUAGUAAAACAGUCACAGACCUGUUAAAUAAGAUGCAGCUGAAAUGUUCUGUGUGUUUGCUUUUCUGUCUUCUGCACGUCUUUGUUCAAGAAUGUGUUUAUCAUCGUUUUGCAGUUUGGAGUGGCAAGACUUGUGCAGCACUGCCCCAUGUACCACUCGCCUGUAAACACACUGUCAGAGGAGCUGGUGUAUUUAUGGGACUUUACAGUCAAUGGUUUUGUCUUUGCUGUUACUUGUACAGUUUUUCAGAAUAAACCUUUGCAGUCGAUAAUGA